UUAGACAUCCUUAACAAGUGAAAUAUGCCUGCCAAAUGAUGAAGUGUGCCAGAGAGAGGAACUGACAGAAGAAGGCCUUCAUCGUCGCAGACCAUCUGUCCAGAUCAAACCCUCCUCCCUCCCUGCGAGCCUCCACCCUGCAGCCAUGCAGUUCAACCCAGCGCUCGUGGAGUCCUCUGUAGUCCUGGCCGUGGUGCUGUGUGUCCACAUGGCGGUGUGGAACCAGCACUCCUGGUGCAGCAUAGCUCUCUUCAUCCAGGCUUUCUACGUGCAGCACAAAUGGGACCGUCUGCUCAGGUCCGGGGGCGCCGUGUUCCAGUUCCGUCCCGCGGCGAACAGUGGCAUCGUCCCGGCAUCCAUGGUGAUGCCUUUACUGGGUCUGGCGCUGAAAGAAAAGUGCUCCGCCUCAGGGAACGUCUACUUCGAGCGCUUCUCCAUGGUAGUCACCAUCACAGGCAUGAUGCUGGCUCUGUUUCUCUCCCUGAUCGCGUUGGGCAUCACAAGACCCGUGCCCACCAACACGUGUGUGAUCGCAGGCAUGGCUGGCAGUGCGAUUCUCUACACGACCAAGCAGACGCUGACGGUGUCCGAGGUCAUCGAGGUCUUGGAGGUGCUGUUGAUCUUCGUAUAUCUGAGCCUGAUUGUGCUUUACCUGCUGCCACGCUGCUUCACACCCGGAGAGGCGCUCCUCAUCGUCGGUGGAAUCAGUUUCAUCGUCAACCAGCUCAUCAAGCGCUCCCUGAACCUGGCGGAGGUCAAAGGUGACCCGGUGAACUAUUUCCUGCCGGUCGUAGUGGUGGGCUCGCUGUUGCUGGGGGUUUUCUUUGCCCUGCUCUUCUGCUUCAUGGAGUCCGAGACCUGGGUGUCAUCGCUUUUCUUUCACAUGAUGACGGCCGUUCUGGGUCUGGGGAUCCUCAUGCCCUGGCUCUCCCUGUUCAUCGGCCGGCACCCCCUCAUGUGGCUGCUGGACUUUGUCACAUUAAAUGACAGAAGACUCUGUCUGCUCGGGUACUGGGUGUUUAUGGCUGUCGUGGCCACUUGCGUUGUGUUACACCAGAACUACCAGCGCCAGUCGGGGUCCAAGAAGCACCAGGCCUCCACUGUAGUCAGGAAGUACUUCCAUCUGAUUGUAGUGGCCACAUACGUUCCAGGGCUGAUAUACGACAGGCAGCUACUCCAUGUGGCGUCUGUAGGUUGCUUGGCGGUGUUCUUGAUCCUGGAGUACGUGCGUUACUUUCGGAUCAGGCCGCUGGGUCAGCUGCUCAGGCAGGUGCUCACCUUGUUCCUGGAUGAGCGGGACUCUGGGCCUCUCAUUCUGACCCACGUCUACCUGCUGCUGGGCAUGUCUCUGCCCAUAUGGUUGUUCCCCGGGCCCUGCGCCCCCAAGGGGAUACUGCCUGGUGCAGGUGGCCUGGUGCCGUAUGCAGGUGUGCUCGCCGUGGGGGUCGGAGACACUGUGGCGUCUGUGUUCGGCAGCACCAUGGGCGAGAUCCGUUGGCCCGGAACUAAGAAAACCAUGGAGGGGACGGCAACAUCUGUGUUCGCCCAGAUCAUCGCCGUGGCCAUGUUUCUCAUCUUCGAUGGGAGCAUCAAUCUGAACUCCACCUACUCAUGGAUUGUUGGCUCUAUCACUCUGGUGGCCAUGUUGGAAGCCUACACCUCCCAGAUAGACAACCUCCUACUCCCACUCUACCUCUUCAUCCUGCUGUUGCUUUGACUGGACAGAUGGCACAAACAAAAACCGAUCCCUCCCGCUGUCCUCAGCUCUUUCUGGGGGCGAGAAGAAUACAGAAUUUGGAAAAAAGCGUUCAAAUAUGAUAGAAGAAGUCCCUUUAGGAAUCACUGGACUUGAGCAGAAAAGGGGAGCCGUUUUCACUAGCACAACAAAGGAAUAAUUAAAAGCUUACAGCUUAAUCAAGCUGGGUAAUCCAACAAACCAAUGUGGCUGCAGACACGAUGUUAGCAUGACAUUAGACUCUGCUGCCUUCCCAAAUCAUUUCAGUAUCAGUUGCUUUGAGCAAUGAGACGAUCAUUUCAGAAUAAGUUGUGAGUUAUUCUUUGAGCUGUGUCUAAAGUGACAGGGGUGGUGUAUGGUUUCUUUUGCGUGUCAUAGUCCUGACGACGAGGUACUCCACCACUGACACCAACAACUCCUGAAUUAUGCAACAGGAGAUAGUAUU